UGCGUGAAAACUUGAGAAAAACAGGAAAAAAUCAAUAGUUAAACCAACAGAUUUUAUGUGAAGCGGUUGAGAAAUAUUUAAAGUUUGAGCACGGGCGAACUUUGGCAGCUAACUUGAUGAGCAACCAGAAGAGGCAGCGGCAGUAUUAAUAAUUAAAUUAAACACUUUACACUCGAAAUCAAAACGAAAACGAAACAACUAAAAAAUGGAGAAUUUUACACCGAAGGAGGUGAAAAUCCUGGAGACUGUCGAGGAUAUUCAGGAGCGGCGUGAGCAGGUCCUUUCCCGUUACAAUGAGUUCAAGAUCGAGACACGCCAAAAGCGUGAGAAGCUCGAGGAUUCGCGUCGCUUUCAAUACUUUAAGCGCGAUGCCGACGAAUUGGAGUCCUGGAUCCAUGAGAAACUGCAAGCGGCCAGCGAGGAGAGCUACCGAGAUCCCACUAAUCUCCAGGCGAAGAUCCAGAAACAUCAGGCCUUCGAGGCGGAGGUCUCGGCGCAUAGCAAUGCGAUAGUAUCGCUGGACAACACUGGGCAGGAGAUGAUCAAUCAGCAGCAUUUCGCCUCGGAGACGAUUCAGCGACGCCUUGAUGAACUACAUCAAUUGUGGGAGUUGCUCCUGAGUCGUCUGGCCGAGAAGGGUCUCAAGUUGCAACAGGCCUUGGUCUUGGUGCAAUUUCUACGCCAAUGCGAGGAAGUCAUGUUCUGGAUCAAGGACAAGGAGACCUUUGUCACUGCCGAUGAGUUCGGGCAAGAUUUGGAGCAUGUAGAGGUGCUGCAGCGCAAAUUCGAUGAGUUCCAAAAGGAUAUGGCCUCGCAGGAGUAUCGUGUGACCGAAGUCAACCAGUUGGCCGAUAAACUCAUCCAGGAUGGUCAUCCCGAACGGGAUACGAUCACCAAGCGCAAGGAGGAGCUGAAUGAGGCGUGGCAACGCCUUAAACAGCUGGCAAUUGUGCGCCAGGAGAAACUCUUUGGUGCCCAUGAAAUUCAGCGUUUUAACCGUGACGCCGAUGAAACUGUCGCCUGGAUUGCUGAAAAGGAUGUGGUGCUCUCCUCCGAUGAUUAUGGCAGGGAUUUGGCUAGCGUGCAGGCGUUGCAGCGGAAACAUGAAGGUGUCGAACGUGAUUUGGCCGCGCUGGAGGAUAAGGUGUCGACGUUGGGCGCCGAGGCGCAAAGACUCUGCUCCAUUCAUGCGGAUCACAGUGAUCAGAUCAGGGAUAAACAAGCGGAGAUUGCUAACUAUUGGCAAAGUUUGACGGCCAAGGCGAGGGAACGUAAACAGAAACUGGAUGAAUCUUAUUAUCUACAUCGUUUCCUGGCUGAUUUCAGGGAUCUGGUCUCGUGGAUUAAUGGCAUGAAGGCCAUCAUUUCCGCCGAUGAGUUGGCCAAGGAUGUCGCCGGGGCUGAGGCGCUCUUGGAGCGUCAUCAGGAGCACAAGGGUGAAAUUGAUGCACGUGAGGAUAGCUUCCGGUUGACCACAGAAUCUGGGCGGAAGCUGCUCGAGCGAGAGCAUUAUGCUGCUGCUGAGAUUCAGGAGAAGCUGGGCGCCUUGGAGAAUGAUAAGAGUUCCCUGCUCUCAUUGUGGGAGGAUCGUCGUAUUCUCUACGAGCAGUGCAUGGAUCUGCAGCUCUUCUAUCGCGACACGGAGCAAGCAGACACUUGGAUGGCCAAACAGGAGGCCUUCCUCGCCAAUGAGGAUCUCGGGGAUUCUCUCGAUUCCGUUGAGGCGCUGAUCAAGAAACAUGAAGAUUUUGAGAAGAGUCUCGCAGCGCAAGAGGAGAAAAUUAAGGCUUUGGAUAUAUUCGCCACCAAACUCAUCGAUGGACAGCAUUAUGCAGCGGAUGAUGUUGCUCAGCGGCGUCAAAUGCUACUCGCUCGUCGCGCCGCACUCCAGGAGAAGUCAGCGAAGCGUCGUCAGCUGUUGGAGGACUCCAAUCGCUACCAGCAAUUUGAACGAGAUUGUGAUGAGACAAAGGGUUGGAUUAGCGAGAAAUUGAAAUUUGCCACCGAUGACAGCUAUUUGGAUCCCACGAAUCUAAAUGGAAAGAUGCAAAAGCAUCAGAAUUUCGAGCAUGAGCUGAAUGCAAACAAGUCGAGGAUUGAGGAUAUCACCAAUGUGGGCAGCGAGCUGAUUGAGAAGAAGCAUUAUGCCGCCGAUCAGAUAAAUACCCGGAUGCAGGAGAUCGUAGUGUUGUGGGAGACACUCGUCCAGGCUUCCGAUAAGAAGGGGUGCAAGCUGAACGAGGCCUGCCAGCAGCAGCAAUUUAAUCGCACCAUCGAAGAUAUCGAACUCUGGUUGAGUGAAAUUGAGGGUCAACUGUUGUCCGAGGACCAUGGCAAGGAUUUGACAUCGGUACAGAAUUUGCAGAAGAAACAUGCACUGCUGGAGGCCGAUGUGAUGGCUCAUCAGGAUCGUAUCGAGAGCAUUAAUGUCGCCGCCAAUAAAUUCAUUGAAUCGGGUCACUUUGAUGCGGACAACAUACGCAACAAGGAGGGUAAUCUCUCGGCUCGCUAUGCGGCGUUGGCAGCUCCGAUGGGUGAGCGGAAACAGCAUUUGACGGACUCGUUGCAGGUGCAACAACUCUUCCGCGACCUGGAAGAUGAAGCCGCCUGGAUACGCGAGAAGGAACCAAUUGCAGCGUCCACAAAUCGUGGACGGGAUUUGAUUGGUGUUCAGAAUCUUAUUAAGAAACAUCAGGCGGUCCUCGCCGAGAUUAAUAAUCAUGAGGCGCGUCUGCUGAAUGUCAUCAGUUCGGGCGAGAAUAUGCUCAAGGAUCAACCCUUUGCUAGCGAUGACAUCCGUCAGCGUCUUGAGGCAUUGCAGGAGCAAUGGAAUACUCUCAAGGAUCGUUCGAAUCAGCGGAAACAGGAUUUGGAUGAUUCGCUGCAGGCCCAUCAAUAUUUUGCCGAUGCGAAUGAAGCGGAGUCGUGGAUGCGUGAAAAGGAACCAAUAGCCACGGGCAGUGACUAUGGCAAGGAUGAGGAUUCCUCGGAGGCGUUGCUCAAGAAACACGAAGCCCUCGUAUCUGAUUUGGAAGCCUUUGGCAACACCAUCCAAGCCCUGCAGGAACAGGCAAAGAAUUGUCGCCAGCAGGAGACACCCGUCGUUGAUAUUACGGGCAAGGAAUGCGUUGUAGCUCUGUAUGAUUACACGGAGAAAUCUCCGCGUGAGGUGUCCAUGAAGAAGGGCGAUGUGCUGACACUGCUCAAUUCCAACAACAAGGAUUGGUGGAAGGUGGAGGUGAACGAUCGACAGGGGUUCGUGCCCGCCGCUUACAUCAAGAAGAUCGAAGCUGGACUUAGCGCAUCCCAGCAGAAUCUGGUGGAUAAUCAUUCAAUAGCCAAGCGACAAAAUCAGAUUAACUCGCAAUACGAUAACCUUUUGGCUUUGGCCCGUGAACGUCAGAAUAAGUUGAAUGAAACAACAAAAGCUUAUGUUUUGGUGCGUGAAGCCGCCGAUUUGGCACAGUGGAUCAGGGAUAAGGAGAAUCAUGCCCAGAUCGCUGAUGUGGUCGGUGAGGAUCUCGAGGAGGUGGAGGUGCUCCAGAAGAAAUUCGAUGACUUCAACGAUGACCUCAAAGCGAAUGAGGUGCGUCUGGCGAAUAUGAAUGAAAUUGCCGUGCAGUUGACAUCCUUGGGUCAAACGGAGGCUGCUCUCAAGAUUCAGACCCAAAUGCAGGAUCUGAACGAGAAGUGGAAUAAUCUACAGUCCCUCACCGCUGAAAAGGCCAGCCAAUUGGGUUCUGCGCACGAAGUGCAGCGAUUCCAUCGGGAUAUUGAUGAGACCAAGGAUUGGAUUGCCGAGAAGGCGAAUGCUCUCAAUAAUGAUGAUCUGGGUAAAGAUUUGCGCAGUGUUCAAACUCUCCAGCGGAAGCAUGAAGGAGUCGAACGGGAUUUGGCUGCGCUGAGAGAUAAGAUUCGUCAGUUGGAUGAGACAGCAAAUCGUUUGAUGCAAUCGCAUCCGGAUACCGCUGAGCAGACCUAUGCCAAGCAGAAGGAGAUCAACGAGAUGUGGGAUCAGAUCAUCACCAAGUCCACGGCGCGCAAGGAAAAACUCCUUGAUUCGUAUGAUUUGCAGCGUUUCCUCAGCGAUUAUCGGGAUCUGCUCGCCUGGAUUAACUCCAUGAUGAGCCUGGUCACAUCCGAUGAACUGGCCAAUGAUGUCACCGGUGCCGAAGCCCUCAUCGAACGGCAUCAGGCACAUCGUGCUGAAAUUGAGUUCACGCUGGGCAGCAGCUCUUCCCCCACAUCACCAUCCGGCGACGAGGAACACCGAACGGAGAUCGAUGCACGCGCUGGAACCUUUGGGGCCUUCGAGCAGUUUGGCAAUGAGUUGCUGCAGGCGAAUCAUUAUGCCUCGCCGGAGAUCAAGGAGCAAAUCGAUGAUUUGGCCAAGGCACGUGAGGAUCUAGAGAAGGCAUGGACCGAACGCCGCCUCCAGCUCGAGCAGAAUCUCGAUCUGCAGCUGUAUAUGCGCGAUUGCGAGUUGGCCGAGUCGUGGAUGUCAGCGCGUGAGGCGUUCCUCAAUGCGGACGACGAUGCCAAUGCGGGUGGCAAUGUGGAGGCGUUGAUCAAGAAACACGAAGAUUUCGACAAAGCCAUCAAUGGACACGAGCAAAAGAUUGCCGCACUGCAAACGGUGGCCGAUCAGCUGAUUGCCCAGAAUCAUUAUGCCUCCAAUUUGGUCGAUGAUAAACGGAAUCAGGUCUUGGAACGUUGGCGCCACCUCAAGGAGGGUUUGAUCGAGAAGCGUUCUCGCCUGGGCGAUGAGCAAACACUGCAGCAAUUCUCACGCGAUGCGGAUGAGAUUGAGAAUUGGAUUGCGGAGAAGUUGCAGCUGGCCACUGAGGAGAGUUACAAGGAUCCGGCAAACAUUCAAUCGAAGCAUCAAAAACAUCAAGCCUUCGAGGCGGAGCUCGCAGCGAAUGCGGAUCGUAUACAGAGUGUUCUGGCGAUGGGUGGCAAUCUGAUUGAUAAGAAACAGUGCAGUGGAUCGGAGGAUGCAGUCCAGAAGCGUCUCACACAAAUUGCCGAUCAAUGGGAAUAUUUGACGCACAAGACGACUGAAAAGUCGUUGAAGUUGAAGGAGGCCAAUAAGCAACGGACUUAUAUCGCUGCUGUCAAGGAUUUGGAUUUCUGGUUGGGCGAGGUCGAGAGUUUGUUGACCACUGAAGAUUCUGGUAAGGAUUUGGCAUCAGUUCAAAACCUAAUGAAGAAACAUCAGUUGGUUGAAGCGGAUAUCGUUGCGCACGAAGACCGCAUCAAGGACAUGAACAACCAGGCCGAUUCCUUGGUCGAGAGCGGUCAAUUCGAUACUGCUGGCAUCCAGGAAAAGCGUCAGAGCAUCAACGAACGCUACGAACGUAUCUGUAAUCUUGCUGCCCAUCGUCAGGCCAGGCUUAAUGAGGCUUUGACUCUGCAUCAGUUCUUCCGCGACAUCGCCGACGAGGAGAGUUGGAUUAAGGAGAAGAAGCUGCUCGUUGGCUCCGAUGAUUAUGGACGUGAUUUGACCGGUGUUCAAAAUCUGAAGAAGAAACAUAAACGCCUUGAGGCAGAGUUGGGUUCUCAUGAGCCGGCCAUUCAGGCUGUCCAGGAGGCGGGCGAGAAACUCAUGGAUGUUUCGAAUCUGGGUGUGCCUGAGAUUGAGCAACGGCUCAAGGCACUCAAGCAGGCUUGGUCGGAGCUGAAGAAUUUGGCCGCGACACGUGGUCAGAAGUUGGAUGAAUCGCUGACCUAUCAGCAAUUCCUCGCCCAGGUGGAGGAGGAGGAGGCCUGGAUUACGGAGAAGCAACAGUUGCUCUCCGUGGAGGAUUAUGGGGAUUCGAUGGCUGCAGUGCAGGGUCUGCUGAAGAAACACGAUGCCUUCGAAACGGAUUUUGCUGCCCAUAAGGAUCGUUGCUCCCUCAUCUGCGAGCAGGGCGGUGAUCUAGUCGAGGCCAAGAAUCAUCACGGCGAAUCCAUUGGCCAACGUUGCCAGCAGUUGCGCAACAAGUUGGAGAAUCUUAAUGCUUUGGCCGCUCGGCGCAAAGGCGCCUUGUUGGACAACUCGGCGUAUCUGCAGUUCAUGUGGAAGGCCGAUGUUGUCGAGAGCUGGAUCGAUGACAAGGAGAACUAUGUGCGUUCCGACGAAUACGGACGUGAUCUGUCCACUGUGCAAACGCUCUUAACCAAACAGGAGACAUUCGAUGCGGGUCUCAAUGCCUUUGAACAGGAGGGCAUACACAAUAUUAGUGCCCUGAAGGAUCAACUGAUUAAUGCGAAUCACGCCCAAUCGCCGGCUAUACUGAAGCGUCAUGGAGAUGUGAUUGCCCGUUGGCAGAAGUUGAGGGAUGCGUCGGAUACGCGCAAGCAGCGAUUGCUGGCCAUGCAGGAGCAAUUCCGCCAAAUCGAGGAACUCUACUUGACAUUUGCCAAGAAAGCUUCGGCCUUCAAUUCUUGGUUCGAGAAUGCCGAAGAGGAUCUCACAGAUCCUGUUCGCUGCAAUUCGAUCGAAGAAAUACGCGCCUUGCGUGAUGCCCACGCUCAAUUCCAAGCGUCCCUCUCAUCGGCCGAAGCUGACUUUAAGGCAUUGGCAGCACUCGACCAGAAGAUCAAGAGCUUUAAUGUUGGACCCAAUCCAUACACAUGGUUCACCAUGGAAGCUCUUGAGGAGACCUGGCGUAACUUGCAAAAGAUCAUAGAGGAACGCGAUGGCGAACUUGCCAAAGAGGCCAAGCGUCAGGAGGAGAACGACAAGCUCCGCAAGGAAUUUGCUAAGCACGCCAAUCUUUUCCACCAAUGGCUAACCGAAACGAGAUAUUAUAUGCUGGGUUAUAAUCGUCAAGGAACAUCAAUGAUGGAAGGCUCUGGUUCCUUGGAACAGCAAUUGGAGGCACUUCGCGUCAAGGCCACCGAGGUCCGUGCUCGUCGAGUGGAUCUGAAGAAAAUCGAGGAAUUGGGCGCUCUGCUCGAGGAACAUUUGAUUCUGGACAAUCGCUAUACGGAACACUCGACAGUUGGCCUCGCUCAGCAAUGGGAUCAGCUGGAUCAGCUAUCAAUGCGUAUGCAACACAAUCUGGAGCAACAGAUACAGGCACGCAAUCAUUCGGGCGUUUCCGAGGAUUCGCUCAAGGAAUUCUCGAUGAUGUUCAAGCAUUUCGACAAAGACAAGAGUGGCAAACUCAACCAUCAGGAGUUCAAGUCUUGUCUGCGUGCUCUCGGCUACGAUCUGCCCAUGGUUGAGGAGGGUCAACCCGAUCCUGAAUUUGAGGCGAUUGUCGAUGUGGUUGAUCCCAAUCGGGAUGGCUACGUUUCACUGCAGGAAUACAUUGCGUUCAUGAUUUCCAAGGAAACAGAGAAUGUGCAGUCCUACGAAGAAAUCGAGAAUGCUUUCCGCGCAAUCACCGCCGCCGAUCGUCCCUAUGUCACCAAGGAGGAGCUCUAUUGCAACCUCACCAAGGAUAUGGCGGAUUAUUGUGUGCAACGGAUGAAACCAUUCUCGGAACCGCGUUCUGGCCAGCCCAUUAAAGAUGCUUUAGAUUACAUCGAUUUCACGCGAACGCUAUUCCAGAAUUAAAUUGCGUUCUUUGGAGAAAAUGUCUUGCAAUCUAUUUCUAAAAGUAUAAAAAAAAUAACAUGUCUAUACAUUUACACGAUUAUUUUCGAUAAUUUUUAGCGUGUAAGUCAAAUGAUUUUAUGUAUGCUUAUUUAAGAACAAUUAAUGCCACAUUGAACCCAAAACAAAAACCAACAGCACUUUCAAUACAUAUUUAUCAGUAUAUAAUUUGUAGAUUUUGCAUUUAUUUAACUUUCCCUUGAUUCCCAGAAAAAGGUAUCUUAAAUGUUGUAGUCUCAGUACAUACUAUUUAAAUGAAUAUAAAUAUAAAUCAGAGCAAUACUAAAUCAUAACUAUAGCUCUCUGCUUUGCUUCCAGUAUAAUAAUCCAACAUUUUUCUAACUUCAGUGUUUGUAAUUGAAUAAAAUGAUACAAAUUUAAGAUACUCAAUACCAACAAUAAAUAGCCUCUUUUUUUA